CUUGCUGGACCGACCUUCAAGCCGGUACUUGCACCUUUCCGACCCGGCUCGCGCGACUCGGGCCAUUCAGCCUCACCCUUCCCACCUCGACCACCUCCACCACCUCGACCGCUCGGCCGACCCCUCACGACAGCCACGGGCAACACCAGCGCACUCGAGUCGUCCUCACGCCACACCAUGUCCGCCGACUCGAACCAGUUUGGCAGCCUGAUCUUCUGCUCCCGGUGCGGGACCCUCCUCGACCUCCCCGGCGACGAGGACCACCUCGUGUGCAGCGGGUGCGGCCAGGUCGAGGACGCUCAAGCGUACGAGGGCCAGGUCAUCACGACCAAGUCGAACCCGGCGGCCUUCCCGUCCUCCUUGCGGCAACUCAAGUCGAGCCUCGUCAAGGGUCGCGGCGAGGUCGAGAAGAAGAAGGUCUACGUCGACGAGGUCUGCGAGAAGUGCGGCGAGAAGCAGAUGUCGGUCAAGACGAUGCAGCUCCGGUCUGCAGACGAAGGAGCUACUGUGUUCUACUCGUGCGAGAAGUGCGGGUGGCAGACGCGCCUCAACAACUAGAUCUCGUUCGCGCCUCGUCUGUUGUAUUCCUCCCCCUCUGCAACCGCAUUUUCCUUG